CCGUAAUGACACCAUGUCAUUGAAUACUAACCACGUACUGGCCCGUCCCGUUGAACCCCACCUCCAGAAUUUCUUUACAAACAUAGACCGUCCUUGCAGCAGUGGUCCAAAACUUUCAGCAACUUCGACCGUGAUAGUCUUGUUUGCGUCAAGGUCGACGAGACACAAAAUAAGAAGAAAAGAAAGCAACCCUGACAGGCCUUGGCUGGGCAGCUACGGUAGAUUUUCCAGGCUAAGCAAUAAGAACAAAAGUACAAACACGGCAUGAGUCCAACAGAAUAAAAUAAAUAAAAAAAAAACCCCCCAACCAGCAUGACGUAGAGAGCGC